AUGGAGGCCGGCAUGAACCUCCUGCACGACAUGGGCAUCCAGGCGACGCGCUGGCUGCAGGAGCGAUUCCAGGGCUCCCAGGACUGGUUCCUCUUCAUCUCCUUCGCCGCCGACCUCAGGAACGCUUUCUUCGUCCUCUUCCCUAUCUGGUUCCACUUCAGCGAGUCGGUGGGCAUCAGGCUCAUCUGGGUGGCCGUGAUCGGUGACUGGCUCAACCUCGUCUUCAAGUGGUGA